CUUUUCUUCUCUCAGCAGCAGUAGCGGGAUCUUCUGGCUGCGCACACCGGACACUGAUUACCUUGAAGAGCCUCUCACGGCUGGAACCAACACGGACUGUUUCCUGGCUCAUCCCUCCCCACCCUCACCUCUUUGAUUUGGGCCUUACUCCCCCUCCCUUCACCGCUUUUAUUUUAUUUUUUUUUCUCGAACCUCUGACAGUUUGUUCGUGUCGCACUGAACAGAGGUUUUGCUUUGCUGACAUGGUAGAUUACCACGCUGCCAACAACCAGAGUACCGGCGGUCCACAGACCUACAUGGAGCAAGAGAACGACUGGGACCGGGACCUACUGCUGGACCCGGCCUGGGAGAAGCAGCAGAGGAAGACGUUUACGGCUUGGUGCAACUCCCACCUGCGGAAAGCUGGCACGCAGAUCGAAAACAUCGAGGAGGACUUCAGAGAUGGACUCAAACUAAUGCUGCUGCUGGAAGUCAUCUCAGGCGAGCGGUUACCAAAGCCGGAGCGAGGCAAAAUGAGGGUGCACAAGAUCAACAACGUGAACAAAGCUCUGGACUUCAUCGCCAGCAAGGGAGUCAAGCUGGUCUCCAUCGGGGCAGAGGAGAUCGUUGAUGGGAACGCCAAGAUGACACUUGGAAUGAUCUGGACCAUCAUCCUUCGCUUCGCCAUCCAAGACAUCUCUGUUGAAGAGACCUCUGCCAAGGAGGGUCUCCUCCUGUGGUGCCAGAGGAAGACGGCGCCGUACAAGAACGUCAAUGUGCAGAACUUCCACAUUAGCUGGAAGGAUGGUCUCGCCUUCAACGCUCUGAUCCACAGACACAGACCCGAUCUCAUCGACUAUGAUAGCCUCAGAAAGGACGACCCCGUUACUAAUCUGAACAAUGCCUUCGAGGUGGCUGAGAAGCACCUGGACAUCCCCAAAAUGUUGGACGCUGAAGACAUUGUGAACACUGCUCGUCCAGAUGAGAAAGCCAUAAUGACUUAUGUGUCCAGUUUCUACCAUGCAUUCUCUGGAGCACAGAAGGCUGAGACAGCCGCCAACCGCAUCUGCAAAGUGCUGGCUGUCAACCAGGAGAAUGAACAAAUGAUGGAGGACUACGAGAAACUGGCCAGUGACCUGCUAGAGUGGAUUCGUCGGACGAUCCCUUGGCUGGAAAACCGAACCCAAGAGAAGACGGUUAAAGACCUGCAGGCCCGACAGGAAGACUUCAGAGACUACCGUACAGUGCACAAACCACCCAAGGUCCAAGAGAAAUGUCAGCUGGAGAUCAGCUUCAACACUCUGCAGACCAAACUGAGACUGAACAACAGACCUGCCUUCAUGCCAUCAGAAGGACGCAUGGUUUCUGAUAUAAACACGGCGUGGCACACCCUGGAGGGAGCAGAGAAGGGCUAUGAGGAAUGGAUUCUUAGCGAGAUCAGGCGUCUGGAGAGACUGGAGCAUCUGGCUGAGAAGUUCCACCAGAAGGCUGCCAUCCAUGAAUCCUGGACUGAUGGUAAAGAGGCCAUGCUGACCCAGAAAGACUACGAGACUUCUACCCUGUCAGAAGUGAAAGCUUUGCUACGGAAACACGAGGCCUUUGAGAGCGACCUAGCGGCCCACCAGGACCGGGUGGAGCAAAUCGCUGCCAUCGCUCAGGAGCUCAAUGAACUGGACUAUUACGACGCUGCCAGCGUCAACGCUCGCUGCCAGAAGAUCUGUGAACAGUGGGACAUUUUGGGAUCCCUCACCCACAGGCGCAAAGAGUCACUGGAGAGAACAGAGAAGCAGCUGGAGUCGAUAGAUGAGCUCUACCUGGAGUACGCCAAGAGAGCAGCGCCGUUCAACAACUGGAUGGAGGGAGCAAUGGAGGACCUGCAGGACAUGUUCAUUGUUCACAACAUCGAGGAGAUCCAGGGUCUGAUCACAGCCCACGAGCAGUUCAAGUCCACGCUGCCUGAGGCCAACAAGGAGCGCGAGGCCAUCCAGGCCAUCCAGGCUGAGGUGCAGAAGAUCGCCCAGAGCAACGGUAUCAAGCUAAGCGGCGCAAACCCCUACACCACCAUCACCCCCCAGAGCAUCGACAGCAAGUGGGAGAAGGCGAUGGCCAUGGUGCCGCAGCGAGACACCGCCCUGCAGGAUGAGCUGAACAAACAGAACUCCAACGACUCGCUCAGAGCCACGUUCGCCAAACAGGCCAACACGGUCGGCGCCUACAUCCAGGCCAAGAUGGAGGAAAUAGGCAGGAUAUCCAUCGAGAUGAACGGCACCCUGGAGGACCAGCUGACCAACCUGCAGGAAUACCAGAAGAGCAUCAUGUCCUACAUGCCUGAGAUCAACAAGCUGGAGGGCUACCACCAGCACAUCCAGGAGGCUCUGAUCUUUGACAACCAGUACACGUCCUACACAAUGGAGCACCUCCGUGUGGGCUGGGAGCAGCUGCUCACCACCAUCGCCAGAACCAUCAACGAGGUGGAGAACCAGAUCCUCACGCGUGACGCCAAGGGCAUCAGCCAGGAGCAGCUCUACGAGUACCGCGCCUCCUUUAACCACUUUGAUAAGGACCACAGCGGGGCCCUGAAGGCGGACGAGUUCAAGGCCUGUUUGAUCAGUCUGGGCUACGAUGUGGAGAACGACAAGCAGAAGCGAUCAGGACAGAUGGUCUCGGAUGAUUUCAGGGCUCUGCUCAUUGCUACAGGAAACAGUCUGGGCGACGGAGAGUUUAACCGCAUCAUGGGCAUCGUAGAUCCCAACAACACCGGCUUCGUAACCUUCCAGGCCUUCAUCGACUUCAUGUCCAGGGAAACGACCGACACGGACACCGCAGACCAGGUCAUCGCCUCCUUCAAGAUCCUGGCUGGCGAUAAGAACUUCAUCACAGCGGACGAGCUGAGGCGGGAGCUCCCCCCGGACCAGGCAGAGUACUGCAUCGCUCGCAUGGCUCCCUACGCCGGGCCCGACGCUGUCCCUGGCGCCCUGGACUACAUGUCCUUCUCCACCGCCCUGUACGGAGAGAGCGACCUGUAGAAAA